CCAUAUCCAUAUCCGAACCAAAUUCCCUCCUCCCUCCCUCUCUUUGUUCCGUGCUUUCGUUCUGUGCUUCCCUUCCCUCGUUUUCUUCCCUCUUUCUCUCUCCCGCUUUUUUAUUUUCCUACUUCCCAAACGCCCAGAUCUCUCAUCCUCUGCCCUUUGCCUUCCAAUUUCGCUGCACCUUACUCCCAAUCACCCUCUGACGUACAAUUCAUACCCAAAAGCCCUCUCGAUCCACUAUCUCCACUCCCCGCGAAAACCCUCUCUACCCAACUUGAUCUUUGCUCACUGUUCGUUUCUGCCUGCUGGAUGUCUUCCUCCUCCCAUCCCCCCGACCAGAUCAUUCACUCCAUGAAACGACAACUCCCAUUCUCCUCCAUGAAGCCGUCCUUUGUUGCUCCGGCAGAUUAUCAUCGCUUCGCGCCCGACCAUCGCCGACCUGCUCACCAAGAAGUUGAAACCAUCGUCGUUAAGUCCCCUCAAUUGAAGCGAAAGAUUACCACAGCCAAUUCUGAAGCUGAUUCCGUUGAUAGGAUGAACCCAGGAUCUAAUGAAGCAGCUAAUAGCCCCUUUCAGACUCCAAUGUCAGGAAAAAUGGGGAAGGCAGGCAAAGCUUCAAAGCUUACAAAAUGCAGCAAAGCUGGACCUCAAACCUCAGGUUCUAAUAUUGGUUCUCCCUCUGGAAACAAUCUUACUCCUGCUGGUCCAUGUCGUUAUGACAGCUCUUUAGGUCUGUUGACAAAAAAGUUUAUCAACUUGAUCAAGCAAGCUGAGGACGGUAUCCUUGAUUUGAAUAAAGCUGCUGAUACAUUAGAGGUGCAAAAGCGGAGAAUAUAUGACAUAACAAACGUUCUUGAAGGGAUUGGUCUUAUAGAAAAGAAGCUCAAAAACAGAAUUCAAUGGAAGGGAUUGGAUGUGUCAAGGCCAGGGGAAGCUGAUGAUAGUUUUUCUAGUUUGCAGACAGAAGUUGAAAACCUUACUAUGGAGGAGCGCCAGUUAGAUGAACAGAUAAGGGAGAUGCAAGAAAGGCUGAGGACACUUAGUGAAGAUGAAAACAAUCAGAAGUGGCUUUUUGUCACGGAAGACGAUAUAAAGGAUUUGCCCUGCUUCCUGAAUGAAACCUUGAUAGCUAUUAAAGCUCCACAUGGCACCACUCUCGAGGUCCCUGAUCCUGAUGAGGCUGUUGAUUAUCCCCAAAGGAGAUACAGGAUAAUACUCAGAAGCACAAUGGGCCCGAUAGAUGUUUACCUUGUUAGUCAAUUUGAAGAAAAAUUUGAGGAGAUCAAUGGAGUUGAUGCGCCACCCAAUCUUCCAUCCAGUCCAGAGUUUAACAGGCAUCAAGCAACAGAGAUCCCUGAGGAAAGAAGUAAGGACAAAGAAAUACAGGAACAAAAUGAUGCUAGAGCCAGUUCAGAUUUGAGUGCCUCACAGGACUUCGUUAGUGGGAUCAUGAAGAUUGUUCCGUCAGAUGUUGAUAUUGAUGCUGAUUACUGGCUUCUGUCAAAUGCUGAUGUUAGCAUAACAGACAUGUGGAGAACAGAGUCUGGAAUUGAAUGGAACGAACUGGACGCGCUUAAUGAAGAUUAUUGCAUACCUCAAGAGAGCAUAGCACGGCCCGAAACUCCUCCAAACACAAGUCAAGUGCCUUCUACAGCUAACCCUAAAGGAGGCUGAAGCCUCAUGAGCAUAUUUUAUGGAUCUAAUCAAAGUCAAGAGCUCUUUCAUAGAAUCUAUGACAUCCAGUCACCCCCCCGUGUCCUCUUCACCACACUCCUAUAGGCUGUAUUGAAGAUUCGAUAAAGAUGUUAAUGUUCUCGGUGAAGAAGCUUGUUUAAGGAACUGAGUGCACCACUCCGGACAGCUGAUUCAUUGUACAGCUAAUUUACAGAAUUCAAGUGAUCUCGUGUUUCAAGAAAAACAUGUAGCAGCUCUACUGAAUCCAUCCUUGUAUAUUUCUCUAAUUCUUGGCUUUAGAGCAAUUAGCUCGUUGUGUCCUUAAGAUGUUUGCCAAUCAAUAAAGUUGCACUUCACGGAAAUAGUUUGCGACAAGUAUAUUCUCAUGCGAUGCAAUGUUGUAAAGAAACCCAGCAAUUGUUCAUGAAAUGGGACCUUUCAAAUGGAAUUUUCGUUCCCUAUUGUUAUUAA